GCUUGGUGCCUCUUCUCAUACCAUCACAAAUGUCUCCUUGGAACAUUGCUGUUCUCAUAUUAGUUCUUGGAGUAGUAUGGUGGUUUUCAUGUCGCCGGAAUUUAACCGGCGAUCGCCGCCGACUACCACCUGGUCCUCAGGGACUACCAAUUAUCGGAAACCUCCACAUGUUAGGCAAGCUCCCUCACCAUAGCCUCCGUCAAUUAGCCAUUAAGUAUGGACCCAUCAUGUUCAUUCGUCUUGGCCAAGUACCAACCAUCGUAAUCUCAUCCCCUAAGGCAGCUGAAUUGUUUCUCAAAACCUAUGAUUCCAUCUUUGCUAGUAGACCAGACAACAUGGCAGCCAAACAUUUGUGUUAUGGUGGAAAAGGUAUAGCCUUCACCCAGUACGGCCCUUACUGGAGCAAAAUGCGUAGGCUAUGCAUAACUGAGUUCCUUGGGAACUCAAAGAUUGAAUUGUUCAAGUUGAUGAGGGAAGAAGAGGUUGGUCACCUUGUUCAGUCACUCAAGAAAGAUGCUGAGGUUGAAGCCAUGGUGGAUAUCACUGCAAAGGUGGGAUCACUCAUCGAGCAGAUGACUUACCUGAUGGUGUUUGGUGAAAAUGAUGAUAAUUUCAACAUCAAACCAGUUAUUAAGGAAGCCCUAAGGCUUUCUGGUGCUUUCAACCUUGCUGAUUAUAUUCCGUACAUUGGUUUACUUGAUAUUCAGGGUUUGAUUAACCGUAUGAAAGCUAUUAGCAAGGUUGCUGAUGAGUUGCUGGAGAAGCUCAUAGACAAUCACAUGCACGUUACGAGAAACCACAAGGGCUUCAUCGAUACAUUAUUGUCAAUGAUGCUAAAAUCCGAUGGGAAUAAACAGGAAAAACAGCAAUACAUGAUGGAUCGAACAAAUAUCAAAGCAGUCAUGAUUGAUAUGCUUGUGGGCUCUAUGGACUCAACAACAACCACAAUUGAAUGGGCCUUUUCAGAACUCUUGAAACAUCCAAGGGUGAUGAAAAAACUCCAAGAAGAGCUGAAUAAUGUUGUUGGGAUGGAUAAGGUAGUGAAAGAAGAGGAUUUAGUAAGGCUAGAAUACUUGAAUAUGGUGAUCAAGGAAAGCAUGAGGCUUCAUCCUCCUGGACCAUUGCUUGUUCCUCGCGAAUCAAUGGACGACGUAACAAUUGAUGAAUACUACAUACCUAAGAAGUCUUGUGUCAUUAUAAAUGCUUGGGCAAUCGGUCGAGACCCUAAUGUAUGGUCGGAGAAUGUCGAAGAAUUCCUCCCGGAGAGAUUUAUCGGCAACAAUGUUGACGUUCAAGGGCAUGACUUCCAACUUAUCCCAUUUGGAUCAGGUCGUAGAGUUUGCCCCGGUUUGCAAUUGGGUCUAACUGUGGUUCGACUAGUUCUUGCGCAAUUGGUGCAUUGCUUCAAUUGGGAGCUUCCGAAUGGAAUGUUACCUAGUGAUCUAGACAUGAAUGAAAUCUACGGCCUAACAGUGUCAAGGGCAAAGCCUCUGCUCGCUGUUCCAACUUAUCGUCUUCAUGUCUCUAAGUAACUGGGAGAGUCUACAAGCAAUAGUACCUUUGGUAUGAACUAUAUGA